AACUGAACAGCGCACAGACCACGUCAGUUCGGGAAGGAAAUCCAUCCGAAAAUCGAGCGAUUGACUAAUAGCUGACUCCCGGAGCAAUUCGAUCGGCCAUGGCGACUUCCGACGCCGACAAAUUGGUUGCCAAAGCGGAUAAAUUGAAUUGUUGAUUCCGCAGGACUAAAUUGAGUAUGACAAGAUGGAAGGCUGAUUGGAAGAAUGCUACAGCUCUGUACGAGCAAGCGGCAAUUUCUUAUCGGCUUGCUAAAAAAUACGAGAAAGCAAAAGAUGCUUUCGAGAAGGCUUCCAAGGGGCAAGAGAUGCUCUCCUCGCCGUGGGAUGCUGCCAAACAUAUGGAAUCUGCAGGAGCUCUGGCAAAGGAAGUAAGCAACUGGAACCAGGUUUCUGACUUCUACAGACAUGCAUCUGAGUUAUACAUUGAAUGCGGGAGGUCACAGCCUGCAUCAGAUGCACUUGCAAAGGGUGCUCGUGCUCUAGAGGAUACAUCUCCCGAGGAAGCUAUUCGACUCUACACUGAUGCGUGUACUGUUCUUGAAGAAGAUGGCAAGGAACAAAUGGCCUUUGACCUGUAUCGUGCUGCUGCAAGUAUUUAUGUAAAGCUUGAGAAGUAUGCAGAUGCUGCAACAUCUUUAUUAAGAUUGGCCUUAGCAGCUGACAAGUGCAAUGCUACCCAUAGCCAAUGCAAGGCUUAUCUCAGUGCAAUUAUUGUGUAUCUUUAUGCACAUGACUUCCAGCAAGCAGAGAAAUGUUACAACGAUUGUACCCAGGUGGAAGCUUUCUUGAACAGUGAUCAGAAUCGUGCUGCGACAAGACUUCUCUCUUCUUACACAGAUGGUGAUGUUGAGGAAAUUAAGCGUGCAGCUCAGUCAGGCAUAAUUUCCAAUCUAGAUCAUACGAUUAUCAAGCUAGCAAGGAAAUUGCCUACAGGGGAUGUCACUGCAUUUAAGAGGGGUGCAAUGGAAGAACAAGGAGAGCAAUUCGACGAAGAUGAUCUUACCUAAGUUCCUACUUCAAUGCCAAUAAACAAAUUCUCUUUUAUAGAUUAUGUUCUAUACAUGAAAAUCCUUCUUACUUUAUUUUCGAUUUCUUUUCAUCGACUCUUCAAAGAGCACAAUUAUAUUGCUCUCUGUAGAUUCUGGACUACAUUGUUUUCCCUUUGGUGAAUGUUUGCAGAGUUUCUUUAGCACA